GUGAAAUAUAUAUAUAUAUAUAUAUAUAUACGUGUGUGUGUGUGUGUAUAUAUUUUGUUUAAAUUCAUUAAUUUAAGGGAGGAAUGCUUGAAGUUGUUUGACUUUCCAUGUCAAGCUGUUGGAAUAUCUAUCUACAGCUGUUGGACUGUCUAUGUAAAGCUGCCGCUUCGUUAAUAUAAUUAUCCAAUCAUGACUUUCGUUUCAAAUUUUUUCUUCCAUCUGAUAAUUUGACAGGGAGGAAGAGACAUGGACUUUGGAGAUCUAAGAGAGACGAUAGAGAAGAUAGAGGUAGUGGACGCUCACGCGCACAACAUCGUCGCACUUGACUCCUCCUUCCCGUUCCUCAACUGCUUCUCGGAGGCCAGCGGCGACGCCUUGGCCUAUGCAACCCACUCCCUCUCAUUCAAGAGAAAUUUGAGGGAGAUUGCUGAACUGUAUGGCACAGUAUCUACCUUGCAUGCGGUUGAGGAAUACCGCAAAUCAGCAGGAUUGCAAGCUAUUAGUUCAGUCUGCUUUAGAGCUGCAGGAAUCUCUGCCAUACUCAUUGAUGAUGGAUUGAUCUUGGACAAAAAGCAGGACAUUGAAUGGCAUAGAUGUGCUGCUCCAUUUGUGGGUAGGAUACUGAGGAUUGAACGUCUGGCUGAGGAAAUUCUUGAGGAAGGGAUGGCAGGUGGAUGCACUUGGACAUUGGAUUCGUUCAUUGACAUUUUUGAUAAAAAAUUGAAGUCAGCUGUUGGUCAAAUUGUUGCGUUAAAAAGCAUAGCUGCAUACCGCAGCGGUCUAGAAAUCAAAACAGAUGUAACUAGAAAAGAUGCUGAGGAAGGUCUAACCAAAAUUUUGAGCGCUGGAAAGCCGGUCCGUGUUACAGACAAAAGCUUAAUUGACUAUUUAUUCACAUAUAGUUUGGAGUUUGCUGCAUGCUUUGACUUGCCAUUGCAGAUACACACUGGUUUUGGAGACAAAGAUUUAGAUUUACGGUUAUCCAAUCCUCUUCACCUACGAGCCAUUCUCGAGGACAAGAGAUUUUCCAAUUGUCGUAUAGUUCUUUUACAUGCAUCAUAUCCAUUCUCAAAGGAAGCAUCAUAUCUUGCCUCUGUUUAUUCUCAGGUAUAUCUUGAUUUCGGUUUAGCAGUUCCAAAGCUUAGUGCUCACGGGAUGAUCUCUUCGGUAAAAGAACUUUUGGAUCUAGCCCCAGUAAAGAAGGUAAUGUUCAGCACCGAUGGUUAUGCAUCUCCUGAAACUUUCUACUUAGGCACAAAAAAAGCACGUGAAGUUGUCUUUUCAGUCCUUCGUGAUGCAUGCAGUUGUGGUGAUCUCUCACUUGCUGAAGCUAAUGAAGCAGCUAGGGACAUCUUUGUACAAAAUGCAAUUCAAUUUUACAAGAUUGAUUUGAAUGUGAAAUUGUCUGGCUCAAACUACAGUUCAUCUCUCAAGUCUGCAAUGGUGGAACACAAUGGCCAAGAAACUGGCGCGUCACUUGUUCGUAUUAUCUGGGUUGAUUCUUCUGGGCAACACAGAUGCCGGGUUAUCCCAGUAAAGCGUUUUGAUGAUGUUGUAAAGAAGAAUGGUGUUGGCUUAACUUUUGCAUCUAUGGGGAUGACUUCAUUUGCUGAUGGACCAGCAGAGGAAUCUAAUCUGACUGGAGUUGGUGAGAUUAGAUUAAUGCCUGAUCUGUCCAGUAGACGGCGAAUCCCAUGGGCUAAGCAAGAUGAGAUGGUUUUGGCUGACAUGCAUCUUAAACCUGGUGAAGCAUGGGAAUAUUGCCCAAGAGAGGCCUUACGAAGAGCCUCAAAGAUUCUGAAAGAUGAAUUUAACUUGAUUCAGAAAAAAGUGGAAGAAAUGCAUCUUGGUAAUGCUCUUGCUGUAAUGUUGGUUAUUGUUUCAAGUGUUUGUAUGAGUCCUGAAAAUACCUUCUUCAUUUUUUUAUUUUCAAAUUUGCUGCAGUUGCACGCGGAAAGUGGAAAAGGUCAGUUUGAAUUUGCUCUUGGACACACUGCAUCAACUUGUGCUGCGGACAACUUGAUUUUCACUCGUGAAGUUAUUAGGUCUAUUGCAAGGAAACAUGGAUUGUUGGCGACUUUUGUGCCAAAGUAUUCUUUAGAUGAUAUUGGUUCAGGAUCCCAUGUGCAUAUCAGUUUGUGGCAGAACGGGAAAAAUAUUUUUAUGGCAUCAGAUGGAUCAUCUCAAUAUGGAAUGUCCAAUGUUGGUCAAGAAUUUAUGGCUGGCGUUUUGCACCAUCUUCCUUCAAUUUUGGCAUUCAUAGCACCAGUUCCGAACAGUUAUGACCGAAUACAACCAAAUACAUGGAGUGGGGCAUAUCAGUGUUGGGGAAAAGAAAACAGAGAAGCCCCAAUAAGAACUGCAUGCCCACCUGGAAUUAUACAAGGUCUGGUGAGCAACUUUGAGAUUAAAUCUUUUGAUGGAUGUGCAAACCCAUACUUGGGCUUGGCUGCCAUUGUUUCUGCUGGCAUUGAUGGCCUUCAGAAGCAUCUUCUUCUGCCUGAACCUAUAGAUAUAAACCCAUCUGAUGUUGGUGUCAAAGUUCAAAGGCUACCUGCUUCACUUGAUGAAUCUUUGGAAGCUCUCCAGAAAGAUGAGAUCUUGCAUGAUCUAAUUGGUGAGAAGCUUGUGGUUGCCGUAAAAGGAGUUCGCAAGGCUGAAAUUGAAUACUACAAGAAGAAUAAGGAUGCAUACAAGCAACUUAUACAUCGUUAUUGAGCCAAAAUCUUUCAAGGCAUUUGUUACCGAAUCCCGCACCCUCUUCAAAGUUUUUUCUUUUGCUCGCUUAUUCUUGUUUCCUGUCAGAGGAAAUUUGAGGUAAUGAAUAAGGCUCAAAAACUGAAAUAGUGCCUGAUUAUUUUUCAGAUAUUCAAAUUUCUGUAUCUGAAAACUGACUUAGGUUUCAACUGUACUUUGAAAUUUUAGAUAUUUGCUGGUACAUGUUAUUUAA